AUGGCCUCUUUCGUCUCCGCCUCCGCCUCCUCCACCGCCGCAGUCCUUCUCCGCUCCGUCCCGUCCGCCUCCCGCGGCGGGCUCGUGGUGGCGUGGGCGGCCCCGGCCCGGCGCGCGCUCGCGGCUCCUCUGCGCGCGGCUGCGGCGCAGGGGUCGGCCAACUCCGCGCCGGUCAUGAUGGAGAGCAAGGUCAAGAAGAGGAACAAGAAGGGCGCCGGCGCCGGGGGCCUCCCCGCCGCCAUCGACCUCGAGAUCCGGGAGGCCGAGCAGUACCUCGCCACCGACGGGCAGGAACCUACUCCAGAAGACUUCCCCUUUGAAAUGGUUGAUGAAGAUGGGAUGAGCGUGGUUAUUCUGAAAAGGGACUACAAGGAUGAGAAGAUUGAGGUCAUUGUCAGCAUGCCUAACGUGGAAGGGGAUCCUGAGUUUGAUGAAGAUGACGAGGGCGAUGAUGAGGAUGCUGCCAAGGACGAUGAAGAUGAAGAUGAGGACGGCCAAGAAAGUAGCCUUUCUAUGAAGGUGAUAGUCUCCAAGGGAUCUGGCCUGAACCUCGAGUUCACCUGCACAGCCUUCCACGAGGAGAUCACCAUUGACGACAUGAUGAUAGCGGAGAAAACAGAGUCUGAUGCAGAGAAAUUCCCGUUUGAGGGCCCUGAGUUCACCGAGCUUCCUCCGAAUGUGCAGAAGGGCCUGUUCAAGUUCCUGGAGGUACGAGGGGUGACACUGACGACCACCAACUUCAUGCACGAUUACAUGAUCACCAAGCAGACCAAGGAGUACGUGCGGUGGAUGACCAAGCUCAAGGGUUUGGUCCAGUAG